GUUGAAAAAUUAGAACGGGUCAUUUCAUUCAUUAGGGUUGAACCACGGAUGAACUGAACAAUGAACAUCAAUACAUCAUCUUCAAUCUUCGCUCGUUAAUCUCUCGGUCUGCAUCAACGAUUUCUUCACAUCGAAUCAGACACAGAUUGUUAAGGCCACCGGAGGUUGGUUUUCCGGCUUGAAAGGCAGGGCUGGAAUCAAGUCUGCUGACAAGAACGGAAACGGAUAUGUCGAUGAGUGCGAUAUUGAAAAUCUAAUCCAGUUUGCUCAGAAGGAAUUGGGUGUUAGAAUCAUACCAUAACAUAUGCAUAUUCCAGUCUGGUUCUUGAUACUUAGUGAGUUGUGGUGGCAAACAACAGUUUGUUCUUGCUUCAAUCAUGAUGGCGAAAUAUUACGAUAUUGAUGACAUCUUAGCAGAUGAAGAGCUUGUUCCAGCGGUGUUCCUCGAAGCAGUAAACGGAGUUGGUUUGCUUCAAUCCAAUGAAACAAACAGGAUAGAACCUAGGUCAAAGGUAGAAUUACCGUUCUGGCUCGCUAGUGAACUGCACCUGAGACAGGCAGCAUCCGUCAACGUUCCUCCAUGUUUCAAUAAGAAAACUCGAGAAGAAAUUGGGGCUGAUGGUGCACACGUGGACUUAAGAUCUCGAUGCUCGUAUUUUUAUCAGUUAGGAUGCAAGAUACUGCAAUUGAUCGGUGACAAAACUAUUGGAUCUUUACUCUUGGUUGCUUUCCAGAUAAGGUAUAAGGAAGUUUUAAUCAAGGCGCAUACAUCAGCAUCGGUACUGGCCCCGAAGUUCUUAUCGCUAUUAACGAAAGAAGAAACAAAAUUGUACGAUGCUGCUAAGUCAUCAACUGCGGCAUUUAAGAGCUGGCGUAUGGGUGGACCGAGGUUUCAAAAGGCGACCGUUCUUGGUAGAAAGAGGAAACCGAUUGGGGAGUAAUGUUCAUUAGGUGAACCAAGUGCUGCUAAUUAGCCGUUAGCCACUGCUCGUGUGGCUUACAUGCUUAUGGUUGGGUUUAAUAUUGUUGUAAAUCCGAGGAGUUUGAUGUGUCGUUCACAGUUCUUCUUGUAGGUUGAGACGAUCUGACACGGUGUUGUGUCUGUUUAUUUGGACUUUGGUAUUAACUGUUGAACUUUUGUUUCUAUCAAAUGUAUUAAUUAAUGACAUGCUAUUGGUAAAUUUGA